AUGUCCGCACGCAGUAGGUUCGCUCGUGCGUUGGUCGCGGCGGCGCGAUCCGCGGCGCCCGUCCCCACGUCGUCCCGUCGCGAGGCGCCGCGGGUUCUAUCGACGCUCGCUUGCGUUAACCACCCCCGCGUCUCCGGCCCGUCGAUCGCGUCCCUCGGAAGCACCGCCGCCCCGAUCGGAUCGCGUAUUCAUGAGGUCCGAUGGAUGUCGACGGAUGCGCCUCCCGGUGGACAGAACCCGGAUCACGGCCCUGUCGGACCCGCGCCCCCGCUACCAUCGUCCCCACCGCCCGUCGUGGAUCUCGCGGACGAGAAGGAGCUCGAGGAGAUGGUCCACUGGGCCCGCGCCAACGGCGUGGCAUUGCUCUUCGACUUCUACGCCGACUGGUGCCAGCCGUGCAAGAAGCUCACGCCCAAGCUGGAACAGUUGGCGACCCGAUCGGGCGGUAGGUGCGUGUUGGUGAAGGUCGACGUGGACACCCACACGGGCAUCAGCGACCAGCUGCGGAUCCAAACGCUGCCGACGGUGAUGACGAUGAUCGACGGUCGAUUCGUGGACACCUUCCAGGGCGUCUUACCGGACGACCAGCUCGAGGCGUUCGUGGACAGGGCGAUCGACGCGGCGGCCGCGGGCGCGGGCACAAAUAAACACGGCGAUGAGCCGUCGCGGGGGAUGAACGCCGACGUCGCGCUCGACGCCGCGUUCGCCGCGCUCGACGCCGGCGAUGUCGACACGGCGAGUCGAGCGUUUGGAGCCGUCUUGGGGUCGGAUCCGCCGCCGCCGCCCGGCGCGAGGGCGAGGGCGUACGCGGGGGCAGCUCGAUGCGCGCUACGCGCCGACCCGUCGGACGUGGACGGCGCGAAGCAGCUGGUGCAGGCGGCGAGGAAGGUCGUGGACGGCAAGUUCACGGAGCCGGUCGAGGUCGCCGCCGCCGCCGCCGCGGCUGAGCUCUACGGCGCGGCGACUGAGCUGGGGCUGGACAUGUCCUUGUCGGGUGCCGAGCUGGACGAACGGUUGAGGCAGCUGAGGGCGGACAUCGAUGCCGCGACGAAGGCUGGAGAUAAGUCGGCCGCGGACGACAAGAGGGAGGAGUUAUCUCUCCGCGCGUUGCUCCAGCGAGGGGACCCGGUUCAGGCUGUGGACGUGGCUCUCGAGUCGGUCAAGAGGGGCGAACGGGAACGCGGCCGCGCGAUGUGCGUGAGGAUGUUCGACGCGCUGGGCGCGACGCACCCGGUGACGGUGAGUGGGAGGAAGAAGCUCAGCAACCUGUGGUUCCUGUAG